AUGAUUAUCUUCGCGGACGAGGGUUUCACCGACGAACGGAUGGAUGUCGACCACAAUUUAGCUUUGGCGUCUGCGGUGCGCAGUAACCUGCUGGGAGGCUCUGCGCAGGAACGUGAAGAACUCGCGUAUGCGCUAUUGGCGUCUCUGCCCAGGUCCAGAGUAGCCAAUAUCCAGCGCCGCAUUGCCCCUCUGCUCCAGCUUGAUGUUGUGGGUCUGUUACCAAAUGAGGUCGCCCUGCAGGUUCUCUCGCAUCUUCCAUGGCAGAGCCUAUUGUCCUGUGCGAUGGUCAGCCGUCGCUGGAAUGCUCUCGCGAAUGACUCGACGCUGUGGAAGCCGCUCUGUCAGCUCAAGGGAUGGGAAUGGAACGUCUCCCGCGCUCGGGGCCGCGCUUUCGAGCUUGACUCGGGAGAUGGUAUGGAUGAUGCGGAAGACUCCGAUGACGAAGGCAUGGGCGACGAGGAAGACACGCAUCUCUCCGGGGUGGGAUCCGGACCCUUGAUCUCUGAGCAGGAUGAUUCCGGCUUUUUAUCGAUGGACAUGACAUCGUCUGGCAGCCAGCCAUCGACGUCACGGACAGUCUCCCUGGGCCCACUAACGUUUCCUUUGCCGUUGUACCGUGCUCCCGGACGUGCCGCACCCCCAUGUCGCACGCCGCGCAAGCACAAACCCAAUGCGCGUCACUCCGCGCCGGCAAUCUUGCCUGCGGCCGACCCGUCCGCAUCCGUACGGCAAUACGACUACAAGCUGCUGUACCUGACGCACGUCCGGCUGCAGAACCGCGUGCGCGACGGGAGCUAUCGGCUGUCGUGCCUCCAGUCCCGAAAGCAGAACGCGGACGGGAGCGCCAUCAAUGGCCACUCUAACACCAUCUACUGCCUGCAGUUGUAUACAUACCCCGAGACGGGGAAGCAGGCCCUUUUUACCGGUUCGAAGGAUCGCACGAUACGCGAGUGGAACCUCAGCAAAGAGAAUGGAGGGGAACGGUACGGGAUGGUGGAGAGGGUCAUGGAAGGCCUGCAUGAUAGUAGCGUACUAAGUCUAUGUGUCGGGCAUGGGUACAUCGCUAGCGGCAGCAGCGACAGACGUGUUGGGCUGUGGGAUCUAGAACGGGGAGAGUUGCGGAGAGCGCUGCUGGACCAUGACGACAGCGUCCUCUGUGUAAGGUUCGACGAGCGGCGGCUGGUCUCCUGCUCGAAAGACAGGACCGUGCGGGUGUAUUCAUUUCCGGACCUGCAGCCCCAAUUCCUGCUGCAGGGCCACAGGGCUGCGGUGAAUGCAGUGUCCAUAUGUGACAACUUCAUCGCGAGCGCGUCGGGCGACCGCUCGAUGCGGAUAUGGGACGCCGACACUGGCGCGCUCCUCCGCAUAUUCGAGAACCAUCAUAGUCGCGGGCUGGCAUCGAUUGACUUCAAGUAUCCAAUGGUGCUGUCGGGGUCGUCCGACAAGCACCUGCGUUUCUUUAAUGUUGUCACCGGCCAAGGGUGGUCCACGUCACCGGAUCUUGAUAACACGCCUGCGCCACUGGCGAGCCUGCCGCCGUCGCCGUCGCCGACGGCGACGACGAUGUGCGAGGCUUGCGGCGUGGUCAAGAGGCGGAGGGAGAACCCCCAUACGGACCUGGUGAGGAGCGUGGCGUUGGGGGAUGAGUUUGUCAUCAGUGGGAGCUACGACUUUACCGUCAAGGUCUGGAGCAGGAAAACAGGUGCGCUCGUCGCUGACCUUACGAGGGGCCAUACCGGGCGAAUCUUCUGCGUCGGUUUCGAUCAUACGAAGAUUGUGUCUUGUGGAGAGGAUCAGAGAAUAGCAAUCUGGGACUUCUCGCAUGGUAUCGAUACGUCGUUCAUCAAGCUGUAGGAUACUAUCAUGUUGUACAGUCGAUAAUGUCAUCAUUUUUAUCGC